AUGGACGUGGACGUGGACGUGGACGUGGACAUGGACGUGGACGUGGACAUGGUCGUGGACGUGGACGUGGACGUGGACGUGGACGUGGACAUGGACGUGGACGUGAACAAGACGUGGACACGUGGACGUGAACAUGGACGUGGACGCGGACGUGGACGCGGACGUGGACGCGGACGUGGACGUGGAGGACGUGGACGUGGACGUGGACGUGGAAAACUUGGACGUGGACAUGGACGUGAACGUGGACGUGGACGUGGACGUGGACGUGGACGUGGACGUGGACAUGGACGUGGACGUGGACGUGGACGUGGACGUGGACAUGGACCUGGACAUGGACGUGGACGUGGACGUGGACAUGGACGUGGACGUGGACAUGGUCGUGGACGUGGACGUGGACGUGGACGUGGACGUGGACAUGGACGUGGACGUGAACAAGACGUGGACGUGAACAUGGACGUGGACAUGGACGUGGACGUGGACAUGGACGUGGACGAGGACGUGGACGUGGACGUGGACGUGGACGUGGACGUGGAGAACUUGGACGUGGACAUGGACGUGAACGUGGACCUGGACGUGGACAUGGACGUGGACGUGGACGUGGACGUGGACGUGGAGGUGGACGUGGAGGUGGAUGUGGACGUGGAGGUGGACGUGGAGUGGACGUGGACGUGGACGUGGACGUGGACGUGGACGUGGAUGUGGACGUGGACGUGGACGUGGACGUGGACAUGGACGUGGACGUGGACGUGGACGUGGACAUGGACGUGGACAUGGACGUGGACGUGGACGUGGACGUGGACGUGGAGGACGUGGACGUGGACGUGGACGUGGACGUAA